ACACACACAAAGAAGAAUUCAGGUUUUCAAGUGUAAAGUGGAGAGGCGAGGGCAGUGGUGAGCGGACAGGCGGCACGGCGGGAUGGAAGGGUCCCUCGUCCUCACCUUGUGCUCCCUGGCACUGGUGUUCACCGCCGCCACAGGUAUGAAAGCGUGCUAUUAUGUUAUAACACUGGGAGAAUGUUCUCUUCAUCUGUAGUGGUAAAAAACUGUCCAAAAUGUCAUGUCAUCUCGUGCACACACAUCUUCCUUCCUGAUAGAUGCGAGUCGCAUUGUGUUUCCUGUUAGUGUGACUCUGCAGGAAAGGGACACCUGCACCUUGCACUCAGGUGCGCCAGGCAGGUGUGCGGACAUACGUGACUGUGACUACACUGACGUGAAUUUUCGCCACAACCCGCCAGUCAGGUGCGGCUUUAACGGCAUAUAUCCAGUCGUCUGCUGCCCCAGUGCCUCGGUUAAUACUUUAGAAAAGUUCUCCAAAAGAGAGAAAAAAAAAAGUUGAAAAGGUUUAAAGAUAUGAAGUGAAGAGGAGAGCGCAGUAGUGAGCGGACAAGCAGCAGGACGGGAUGGAAGGGUCCCUCGUCCUCUCUUUGUGCUCCCUGGCGGUGGUGUUCACCGCUGUCACAGAUGCAAGUCGCAUUGUGUUUCCUGUUAGUGUGACUCUGCAGGAAGGGGACAUCUGCAUCUUGCACUCAGGUGCGUCAGGCAGGUGUGCGGACAUACGUGACUGUGACUACACUGACGUGAACUUUCGCCGCAACCCGCCCGUCAGGUGCGGCUUCAAGGGCAUAUAUCCUGUCGUCUGCUGUCCCAGUGCCUCGGGCGAAGGUCGCCAGCCCAUCACAGACAUAGCACCGCCUAAUGUCACAUUCGACUACAAAAAGCGGGAAUAAUUACUAUCCGAUAAUAGGACAUCACUUGACAAGAAAAGUUGGCUUUUCGACAUCGGGAUUUGGAAUGGGUCACGUCGGGUUUAAGGAAGCAAUACCGCACGCAUGGUCUUGGAUGGCGCUUGUUGGGAGACGAGAAGGCGACAAUAAUAAAUGGUUCUGUGGAGGAGCGUUGAUCAACGAGCAGUGGGUCCUGACUGCCCUUCACUGCUUAUUCGAGAGUCCAGACGUGGUACGUCUUGGUGAACACGACUACCAAGACACAAACGACGGGGCACCUCACCAAGACUUUGACGUGGCGGAGACGGUUAUGUACCCUGGAUAUGCUAACCCUGAGGGCUACCAUGACCUGGCCCUGCUUAGGCUGUCUUCGAGGGUGCACAUACAGAAAUUCUUCAUUCCUGUCUGUCUCCCGUGGGGAGUGGAGAGGGAGGUGGACAUCACGGGACAAACAGCGACGCUCACUGGUGGCCCACCAACCACCUUCCUGCAACAAGUGAAAGUGACGGUGUUCACGUCAGACAAGUGUGACACUAGCUACUCCAUCUUGCCCAAGUACAACACCAGUUGGCCCCAGGGCAUCGGAGAGGAGACCCUGUGUGCCGGAGAUGUUGAGGGAGGGAAGGACGCUUGCCAGGGUGAUUCCGGCGGACCCCUGGUGACUAAAGAUGUCGGAGGAAGCUUCGUGUUGGCGGGCAUCGUGGUGCAAGGUAACGGCUGUGGUAACAAAGACUUCCCAGGACUGUACGCCAAUAUGCGCUACCCGCCCUCGCCCUACCUCGUCUGGAUCAAGAAUGUUGCCUUCUAAGUUUUUUUAAAUGAUUUAAAUUGACAACCAAACAAACCAAACAAGGCUUGUGGGUACCUUUCAUUACUUCUAUUAUUUUACUGUAUGGUGCUGUAUGGAAAUGUUCAUCUUUGUGUUUUUUUUCUUUUUAAUUUCAAUCUUGAAAUGUAUUGUUUAUCGUGUGUUUAAACUCAUUUGUAGGUUCGCUCUUCAGAACCUAAAAAAAAUAAAACAGCAUUCCAGCACACCGGAUAACCCUCAAAAUGUUAAUAUUUUGAAUAAAUUGAUGUCCAGUGACAAGAAGGAAUCACCAAGAGAAACACCACAUACACAGAGGAAAAAGGUUAGUAGGAACGACGAGACCAAAUAUUUUACAGAUAAAAGAAACAGGAACGGAUUUGACACCAACAUCAAGAGCAUAAAUUCACAUGCCGUGGAUGAUGAAAAUGGAAUUACGGAGGAUUUCAAUGCCAACUUUGUUAGUCUUUAUAUCAACACUUGAAGUAGCUAGUAAGAUAUCCAAAGACAAAAAAUAAGGAAAGCUCUGUAAAGCCACCAUAGAUGUCAUGAAGCAAUAUAGUAGAAUAAAUCUCUAAAGAAGGAAAUUUGAACUUGGUGAAGAGAAAGAACUACAUGUAAGACAUGUAUUGACAUUACCUCCCACCCCCCCCCAAAAAAAAAAGUACAAAUAUGGAAAAUUGAAACAAGUGUGUCAUUUAUCAUAGACAGAAAACAUCUUUGAGAGAACCAUGAACGUUCAACUACUGAUGUUAUAUAAAGGUACAGGAAUUUAUCUUCUAUUUGACUUUGGUCUGUCCUGAAUGGCCGGGAAAAACGUAACAAUACUGAUUCACAAGGAUGCCCAUCAAAAAAGAUAACAUGAAAAAAGAAAUUAUUGAGCAAUAUAUUUAAUAUCUGCAGUAUACAAGCUUUCAUAAAAUUGAUGUGAAAUAUGACAAGUGUAACGCUUGACUAAAAUGGUUUUGAUUUGAUUAAUGAGCCUUGGCUACAUCCAUGUCAUUAAAAAAGCUGUGGAAAAAUCUUUACAGAGAAGGAAGCAUUACAAAUGGCUCUCUUAGACCAUGGGCCUGCCUUCGUAAAGAUGCUGGAAGAAAUCAACCAGACUAGUCAUGUCAAUAGAUAAGGUAAAUAACGUCAGAAAAAAGAUUAAUAAAAACGUGCCUGACUAGGUUAUAGAUGAGUAUGUUUUUAACGAUUUCGAAUAGGGGAAAAAAGAAGAAAUGAAAGUAUGUUGAGAAAAUUUGAAUUAUCUUUCAUUGCAUAUGAUAUUGGUUAGGUGAAUGAAUUUGCAAACAUAAUGUAAUGAUAUCUAGGCAAAGGAUGAAAUCAUAAAAGUUACAUGUGUGUGUGUGUGUGUGUGUGUGUGUGUGUGUGUGUGUGUGUGUGUGUGUGUGUGUGUGUGUGUGUGUGUGUGUGUGUGUGAGUACUAAGACUCCACAGAAUCUUUAGGUUAUAAGGCAGGUGUACGGGCGAAGUAGCGAAUAAUUUCUUCUGUGUUCAUCAUUCGUUACGCAAGUUGUUUGUAAGAUUAAGGAAGCGAUUGAGCUCCUAAGAAACAAUGGGGAACCAAUUUCAACACCGACAAAUUAACUCUUAUUUAUCUUAUUAUUUUUUUUUUUCACCAUGGAGAGCUCCUAUUGGUAGGAAGAAAACAAUACACAAACUAUGUCAUCCAUAAACACAUUAAUAUAGUCUGUUAAUAUAUUUGGGGAUAAUAUAGUCUAUGUAUUGUUUCCUUUCUUCCAAAUGAAGCCCUCCACGGUAAAAGUGGUAUGUGUGUGUGUGUGUGUGUGUGUGUGUGUGUGUGUGUGUGUGUGUGUGUGUUCAUAUCGUCUAGAUAGUUCCAAUGAUUGCAAGCUAAGUCGC